AUGGGAUUCCGUCCAAUUCUCGACUUCUCCAAAGCUUGUCGUCCGACAGGGCUGCGAUUUGAAAAAAAACCAGCUACGGUUGGGGAAGUUUAUGGCCGGCAUAGCAAAGUAGUUAAUGGCAUUUCCAAAGUAUUGUCUGGCCGCCAUGAAAACUCUAAUAUAGAGGUUUUUGAGUAUGCUGGUUACCCUAGUUGGUUGCUUGAUUGGGUUCCUUGUCUGGUGAAGCAUAGGGUUGAAAAACUUGUUCUCUAUGUCUGGUUGGUUCACUCGCUUGACUUGCCUUGCUCUCUAUUUGAGUGUAACUCACUGAGAAGCCUCACAUUGGAAGCCACUCGUUCUGAACAUUGCCUCCUAAUUAACAAUCCCGACACCCGGUUUUGGCUUCCAUCUUCUUGUGCUCGGGCUACUAGCGGCCUUCGCUCUCUGUCUUUAACCGGAGUGGAUUUCGCAGGCAACGUAUUAUUUUCAGAUCCUUCUUCAUUCCCUUCCCUUGAGAAAUUGACUGUAGAUCAUUGUAGAAGAAUCAGCCAUCUAAAAAUAUGCUGUGCCAACCUCAAAUGCAUAGAAGUUUGCAAUAUGGGUAUAAAAAGCCUGGACAUAUCUGGAAUGAAACUAGAGAAGUUGACAGUCAAACUCUGUUUCAACGGAUGUGGCAAGGGAAGUAGUGUUAAGAUUUUGGCUCCCAAUCUACAAACAUUUUGUUGGAACGAUAACGACUUUGCUGAGAAGUGUUUGAUUCAGAGCUUUCCAAAGCUCAUGGAAGGUGAGAUUAGUUCUUGUGUGCUACCAGCCAACGUUAGCAAAGUGAAGGCUCAAAGAGCAGCCAAUCUUACUUUCCUCACUGUCCCAAGUUGGGAGCCUUUGUUUGUCCUAUCGCAUUCUUGA